GUGAAAAUGUGUAAACAUAGAUCUACGAAGUGCCACACAUGUAUGAUAGAUAAAACCGAUAGUACAUGUUAAGCGACUGAUUCAUCAAAAUGGCAGUAUAUAAACUAACCUACUUUAACCUACGGGCACGCGGGGAAGUGUCAAGACUGUUAUUUGCUACGGCUGGCAAGGAGUAUGAAGACUGCAGAAUUACCUUUGAAGAAUGGCCUUCAAUCAAACCCACUACACCAUUAGGACAGGUUCCAGUUUUAUCAGUAAACGGGAAGUUGAUUCCCCAAUCAAGAGCUAUCGAGAGGUAUCUCGCCAGAGAAUUUGGUUUAUAUGGAAAGACUAAUAUGGAAAAUACUAUGUGUGAUACUAUCAUAGAUACUAUUCAUUGUGAUGUUAGGCCAGAAAUUCGAAAGUACAUUUUUGAAAAGGAUGAAGCUAAAAAGACUGAUAUCAGCAAACAUCUAGCCGAAGAGGUAUUACACAAAUUUAUGUUAUUUAUUGAGAAGACGUUAAAAGAUAAUGGAGGAGAUUAUCUUGUUGGGAAUGAUCUAACAUGGGCAGAUCUAGCUGUAUUUGACUUCACACAAGAGGUUUUAGCCGUUUGGAAACACGAACAACUUAAUUUUCUAGAAGAAUUCAACAAACAUCACGAAAGAAUCAAAGCUGCUCCGAAAAUCAAAAAAUGGUUGGAAACGAGACCAAAGACAGAACGGUGAAUCCCAUUUUUUUCACUGACACGUUUAUGUUUUGUGUUCAAGUGUAUGUCUUUGUUUACCAAGCGAACAAAUAUUAUAAUGGCACCAUGGUGCAUGAAUUUUGUCAUCUGUCAAAAUCAUUAAAUCAAAAUAAAAAAAAUAAUAUCGAUCA